AUGCGCGCAUUCGGAAUCCUCGCUGCUUUCGCUGCCAUCUCCACCGUUCUUGCCGCUCCCUUCCCGGCUCCUCCUUCCCGGAACGGACUCGCUGUCCGCCAUGAUGACCUCGUCUCGGCUGACAGAGCGGUCUCUGUCCCAAGUGUAGAGGUCGAUGCCGAAGUUGAAGUCACCCGCCGCCACGAUAACGCCGUCGCAGUCAACGCGUGUGUUGCAGGCGUCGUAGUCAGCCUCAAGGUGGACGUAGAUGCUCUCAUCACCCAAAUCAAGGCAAUCCUCGAUGACACUACGAGUGACGUUACCACCAUUGUCGCCAAGGUCCUCCCACUCCUCAACAAGCUCGUUUCGGACAUUACUACCGCCACAGCCAAAGCCGGUCUCAAUGCCGUCGGAAACGUCUUUGGCAUCGUCGGUUCAGUCCCAUCGACCGUCAACAACGUCGCUGGCACCGCUACCUCCACCGUCAAUGGUGUCGUCGGUGCCGCUACGUCGACGGCAAACGGUGUCGUCAACGUUGCCAACCUCACGAUCCAAGAUGUCGCUGGUAUCCUCAAGGUUAUCGAGACUGACAUCGUCGACAUCCUCACAAAGGUUGCCACUUUGAUCGGUAACACCGACCCAGCUGCAGCUGCCGUUAUCCAGACCGUCAUCGCCGUUCUCAACCUCCUGACCACUACGCUCGGAGGUCUCGUCGGCGACCUUACGCCCUUGCUCACGCCCAUCACCGACCUCGUCGGUCCCAUCCUCGCCGCACUCGGCAUCAACCUUGCGGGCGCCAACUAA